CUAUUAAUUUUUUUUAUUUUUGUAUUUAACGGUUUUCCAUAACUUUGAUCAAUAAAAUUUUAAUAAACACAAUUUUCUUAAAAUUUAAAAUUUAUCAUUAAAUAAUGAAAAUGUAAAAAACUAUGUUUUUAUACUUUUUUUUUUAAAACAUUAAUUUGUUCGGAACGAAAGGAGUACUAACUAUUUAUAUAACCAACGAAAAAAAUAUAUCAAAAGUCACUAAAAUUUACACUAAAAGUCAAAAACAUCAUUCAAGUUGAAAUAACUCUAAAACGUCGUAUACAAUUAAACAAGGGAGGGAGUAUUAAACAAAGAGACAUUAAAGCAUCACGAUGUGAUUCGUGUUACCUUAUAGUAAGUGAGACUAUAUGCAUAUAGAUUUGCAAAAAAUACAUUUCCAAAACCAUAAACACUCACUUGAAUUGACUGUUCCAAAGAUGGAAAGUUCAACUAUCCAUUGACCAAGAACCAGAACACAUAUUUUGUACUUUCGAUUACAUAUUUCAAGAAUGGAAACAAUAUAAUUCUUUUCUUGACCAGAGACGAGAAGGAAUAGAAUAAAUAUAUCCCAUGUCAAAGCAUUACAAGGAAACUAUAUCACAAAAACUCAAGAAGUGUAUAUAUAUAUAUAUAUAUAUAAAUAGGUGAUUAGUUCUCUCUUUCUUUUCCACCCUUCCUCAUUCUCCACUGAUCUUGAAACACCACUGAUGCACAAAUGGAUCUGAUCUUCGAGACUCAGAGAGGUUCAUCAUUCUCCAUCGAAGUGGGUUACUUCGAUACGGUUCUAGAGAUCAAAGGGAAGAUCGAGAAGUAUCAACGUAUCUCUGUCCCCACACAAACCCUUGUCUUCCAAGGCAAGGUUCUUCAAGACGAUCACAAUAUCGAGCAAUGUAAUCUCUUCAACAACUCUCGCCUCCAUCUCUCCAUCUCUUCUCCUGUUAACAACGACCAAAACCGCAUCAAGCAAGAGCUCAAACCCGAGCCGCCAAACUCAACAGAACAAGAGAUCAUCGACAACUGUCAUCAAGAUUCCAGCAACAACAAGAAAAAGAAAGCGAGGGUGGUCACAAUGGUGGUGCUGAAAUGGGGGACCAAGAAGAUUCCAGUGGAGGUGAACGUAGAUGAUAACGUUGGAGUGCUGAGGAAAGAGCUGGCCAAGGUUCAACAGAGGUUUGAGUUAAACCAGCCUCAACUUCAAGAAGGCUAUUUCUUUGUAUACAAGAAGAAUGUAAUGGAUGAUGACCGGUCAUUCCGGUGGCACCGUGUUGAACUUGGUGAUGUAAUUGAGCUAUCCGAUGGAAGUGUUUCCGGUGGCUCUUAAUGGUUCCGAUGUAAUCUUUGUUUUUUUGGUGUAAACAAUGUUAACAUCAGAUUUAUCUUUUUUUCAACCAUUUCAUGUUUCAUAAUACACCAAAAAAAAAAGAUCAUGUAUGAGCAAUUUUCUAAUUUUUUUUUUGAAAAUUAAUUAAAAAAUAAACUGUUUUGUACAACAUAGUUGCUUAAAGAAAACGUUAGUUAUAAAUCAUCAUCUGUUCUAGUUAAUUUUUGUUUGAUGUUGUCAAAAAAAAAAAAAAUCAUCAUCUGUUGAUCUUAAAACGUUAGUUCCUCUUUCUCUCGCUUUCUCUCUAUGCUCUCUUUGUAUCUCUUUCUUCUUCAUCAGUAUCUAUUGAUCUUAAAACACCAUUGAUAGCAGCUAUGCUGGUCUCCGUAGACACUACGUAUGGCUCAACGUUCGACAUCGAGCUGAACCUCAACGAUAAAGUGUUAGACAUCAAAAACAAGAUCGAGAACUCUCAAGGCAUCCCUGUUUCCAUGCAAACCCUUACCCACAACGGCG